AUGAAGGGGUACACCUUUGACUCAGCCCUGAUGAGGGAGAGGGACAACAAGUUCACGUCCAACCUGCCAGGGAAAUACAUAGAUGUCAGAGACCUGCCCGCAAAUGCAAACACACCCAGUGUACCCUACCAGCAGGCUCCCCGCAAGGAUGAGAUUGUCUACUUGCAGCAGGAAGUGGCGAUGAAUUCGCCCUUAAACCUGAAGCCCAUGGAAAUGGAGCAGGCGGAAGCCAACCUGCAUCAUGUAAUCUCUGAGAGGGACAGCCUGAAGGAGCAGCUCAGGAUCCUCCAGGAACGAGCCCUUAGCGAGCGGGACUACCUGAUACAGAGGGUAGAGGACCUACAGGCCACCAUCCUAACACUGGACCAGCAGCGCAGUGAAUCUAAAAGCAAGCAGUCCACAAUGGAAGAGGAUAUGCUGGGCCUUGAGGGGGAGAUCCACACCUUAGGCAGCAAGCUGCAAUCUACUGAAGAGGAGCUUACCAAGACGAAAUCUGAGUGCAUCUCACUGAGGAGCCUGCAGCAGGCUAUGAGAGGGAAAGACCAGGAGCUGGAGGCCUUGCGGAGGAACCUGGCUGACACAGAGGCGGAGUUGGACGCUAUGCUGAGAGAGAAGGAGGAAGCAAGUGCUCAGCUCAGAGCCAACCUUGACAAGGCCUAUAUAGAUAACCAGACCCUCCUGCGCAAGGUUGAGGGCUACAACCAGGAAAUGAAGGUCCUCCAAGGCAAACUGCAGGACUACGUCACUGAGACUUCCUGCACAAAUGAACUGCUGUCCUCCAAUGAGGAAGUCAUUGAACAGCUCCAGAAUACAAUCGAGGAGCUAGAGAUGUCAGCAGGAAGCCUGCAGCAGGCUGUGAGAGGGAGAGACCAGGAGCUGGAGGCCAUAAAGAAGAACAUGGCCAGCAGAGAAGCAGAGCUGAUGGGUGUCAUGAGGGAGAAGAAGAUGAUGGUGGACGCAAAUGCUCAGCUCAGAGCUGAACUGGACAAGACCUAUUUGGAUAUUCAGGCCCUGCAGCGCAAGCUACAAGAGUCCGGUCAGGAAGUGGAGGUCCUCCAGAACAAAUUCCAGGAAUAUGAUGUUGACAUGUCCUGUAUGAUGGAUGAGCUGUCCAUGAAAGAGAACGUGAUUGGACGUCUGCAGCUCACUGUUGAGGAACUGGAGAGGAGUUUAGAGAGCCUGCAGGUAGCCUUGAGAAGAGGGGACCAGGAGCUGGAAACCGUGCAGAGGAAACUGGCCGAAACGGAGGAGAGCCUCAGCUCUGCCAAGAGGGAGAAAGAGAUCAUGCUGCAGACAAAUACCCACCUGAGAAUCAACCUUGACAAGGCUUACUUGGAUAAUCAGGGCCUGCAGCGGAAGGUAGACAACUCCAGUCAGGAGGUGGAGGUGCUGCAGAGCAAACUAAAGAACUACGAUAUGGACGUGUCUAACAUGGAGGAGCAGCUGUCCUCCAAGGAGAAAGUCAUCGGACGUCUGCAGCUAACACUUAAGGAGCUGGAGACAUCAGCAGAGAGUCGGCAGGAAGCCAUGAACAGGGGCAGCAUGGAGCUGGACGGCCUGCGGAGGAAACUGCUUGACACAGAAGAGAGCCUGGACACUGUGAUGAGUGAAAGGGAUGCUGUGCUGGAGGAGAACACUGACCUAAGAGAUGACCUCGAAAAGGUCAAGUUUGAAAACCAGGCCCUAUUGAUCAAGUUGGACGGGUGCAAUCAGGAAAUGGAGAUCUUUCGAAAGAAACUCCGGGAAUAUUUCACUCAGAGCUCUAACACCAAGAAACUGCUGAACUCUAAGGAGAAAAUCAUUGGGCGUCUGCAGCUGGCGGUUGAUGACCUGGAGUCAUCGUCAAAGAGCCUGCAGCAGAUAGUGAGCGGAAGAGACCAGGAGCUGGAGGCAGUAAAGAAGAAACUGACAGCUGCUGAGAAAAACCUGGACACUGUGAUGAGGGACAAGGAAACGGUACUUCAGGGUAACGCCACCUACAGGGAUGUGAAUGUCCAAUCGGAUGAUCAGGCUGUACAGAGCAAGGUGGGGGGCUACAACCAGGAAAUGGGGGAGCUCCAGAGGAAGCUCCAUAACUUGAACACAGGUUUUUCUGGCUUUGAGACCUGGGUAUCCACCAAGACACUGUGUCUGCUCUUCAAAUAA